UCAAGUCGAACAUACACCCUGACAUAAGAGAUCGGACAUUUCUGGAUUCGACUUUCCUGCGAUUGGUGCAGAACAAGAACGGCUACGAUAAGCGAAAGAGGCUGAAAGGUGCAGGACGAGAUCCUCCACUGACAUACGAUUGGUGGCGACCUGCAUAGACACACUUCUGCAACUCGAAAAAACGAACGAAGUCAUCCAAGCACUGAGUGCACCUUAAAAAACUCGCGUCCAGAACGGGAUUGCCAUCCCGAGUCUGUUAGUGUGGACCCUUUGUCACAAGCGCGACGUCACCGAUUGCGACGGCAAACCCUACCUCGACUUUCCUUCAACAUCAGUCUCGACGGUUUCACUCGCACAUUCUUAAUACCAUGGCACACUCACCCCUCAUUUUCGUGGCCGCGGGCGCCCUGAUUUCCUGGUUUCUAUACACCAGGAUCACUCUUUACCUCGCGCGGCAGCGCUUCAAGAAGGAAAAUGGGUGCAAGCCAUGUACAUCCGUUUUCAACAAGGAUCCAAUCUUUGGUAUCGACGUCAUCAAGAUACAGACUACCAACAGCAAAAAGCAUAUCAUGUUGGAAGAAAACAAGAAGCGAUUCGAGAAAUUGGGAAACACUUUCCACACCCGCACUGUCACGAUACCCAUCAUUGCGACCUGCGAACCAGAAAACGUCAAGACGAUUCUCAGCUUGAAAUUCAAGGAUUACAGUUUGAGCCAUCGACAGGAUGCAUUCGCUCCACUUUUAGGCCAUGGUAUCUUCAAUGCGGAUGGAGAGCCGUGGGCGAACUCCAGGCAUCUGCUUCGACCGAACUUUGCCCGUGAUCAGGUCGCCGACAUUGAGGCAUUCGAACGACACUUCAAGAUCAUGCUCAAGCACCUUCCCCGCGAUGGUACAACAGUUGAUCUGCAAGAGCUCUUCUUCCGCUUCACCAUCGACAGUGCGACAGAGUUUCUGUUCAACCACUCCACCCACUCGCUCCGCAUGGUGGGCCAGGACGACGAGAACAACGAGGACGUCAUAUUCGGCAAGGCUUUCAAUUUCGCGCAAGACGAUACCACAGUACGCGCGCGUCUCGGUAUAUUUGACCGCUUCAGGAAGAAUGAAGAGGGCGAGAAGGCUAUCAAAAUUUGCCAUAGCUACAUUGAGCGAUUCGUUGACGAUGCGCUGGAGUUCCGGAAAAAGCUGGACGAGGAGAAAGUGGCUGGUGGCCAGAAAGAUGAGAAGUACUAUUUUAUACAAGAGGUCGCGAAGCAAACGAAGGACAGGAAGAGGAUCAGAGACGAGCUCAUCAACAUCUUGCUUGCGGGCCGCGACACAACUGCUAGUCUGCUGAGUAACAUGUUCUUCCAGCUCGCAAAGAAGCCAGAAAUAUACGCCAAGCUGCGAGAAGAGAUUUCUUCGCUUGAAGGCCGAAUCCCUACAUACGAAGAGCUGAGGGGUUUCAAGUACCUCAAAUGGUGUUUGAACGAAUCUCUGCGCUGUCACCCCGUCGUCCCAUCAAACUCUCGCUUAGCCAUCCGCGACACUAUUCUCCCUCUCGGCGGCGGCCCCAAUGGCCAACACCCUCUCUUCGUCCCCAAAGGCACAAUGGUCGGCUACUCGCCUUAUGUUAUGCAUCGACGAAAAGAUCUCUACGGCGAAGACGCCGACGAGUACAAGCCAGAGCGAUGGGCAAAUCUGCGUCCGGGAUGGGAGUACUUGCCUUUUAACGGCGGUCCGCGGAUUUGCUUGGGUCAGCAAUACGCUCUUACGGAGGCGAGCUAUGUCACUGUGCGCAUCGUUCAAGAGUUUAGCAAAAUCGAGAGCAGAGAUCCUGAGCCUUGGAUUGAGCAGUUGACGUUGACGUUGGCUAGUCACAAUGGUGUUAAGGUAGGGCUUACACCGGCUUAGGGAGGCGUGAAGUAGUUGUUGCGAAGAAUGUCGAAGGGCGAUGAUUCAGUGGGCGUUGAGGAGUUGGUUUUGAACAUGGACUAUCCCAGUGUCUAAAAGCAUAGCAUAGCAUAGCAUAGCAUAGCAUACUUCUCACAGCGAGCAAUUUGGCUUCCAAGGUUCAUU